GUGAAGGUGUGCCUUGUCACAGCGCCCACAGCUCUCUCGGACUCACAGAUCACCACCGACGGUCACUUUGCAGGGGGGAGGGAGAGAAUAUGAAAGGAGAAUAAAACAGGAGAGAAGACAUGGCAGGCACGGAUGCCCCCCCAGAUAUAGGGGCCAUCACCUGCAGCCCCGAAGGGAACGAGUGCAACGAGGUCACCAACAGUGAAUGCAACAAGGCAACGUUGCAGUGCUAUUGCCCGACCUCGUAUCCCAUUCAUGAUUACGAGAACCGCUACUGUGUAAGGGAUAUAUAUAUAUAUAUAUUAGAUACUUGUACUACCUUUACCCUGUUAUGAUGUAGAUACAGUUGCACAUUUUCCUUAAUUUACGUAGAUAUUCCUUUUCGUAAGAACGCCUUGGUUUUGAAUAUUUAAUCUCCGUGAGGUUUCGAAGCUUCAGUUCGCCAUUCAUAAAACAGGGGAAGUUCUAUGAAUGCGGACGCAGGAGAUCUGGUUUCGGUGUUUCGUAAAGUUUCGUUGGUCUAUGAACUGUUCUUAUCGUUCAUGCCUGAACUUCAUACUUAAAGUUUUGAUGUCAUUUGGUGUAAUGUGAACAUUUAUUCAUAUUUGUGUAGUUUUUUUUUUUUUUUUUAAACGAGUUUUCUUUUGAUUUCUUUUUAAACGACGCGAAGGUCAAUGCAAAUAGAGUUCGGUUAGGCGUGAGAAAUUUUCUUAUUUUGGGUCAAAAUAAGAAAUAAAAAAAAAAGCAGGUCAACCAAGCAGUUCCUGACCUAGGCCUUCUGGGUUGGACUAUAAAAAAAAAAAAAACUUACGCUCACUCCCUUUCUCUCUAAGUGGGCGUGGGCGUGAGUGAAUGAGAGGCCAGGGUCUCCUUGAUUGUUUAGGUUCAGAAAAAGGGAGAAACAAAGUAAGUUCGAAAGGUCCAUGCGCGCCCAGGGGAAGAGGUCGCGUCUGCAUCGUUCGAGGUCAAGAAAGGUCACGGGAGGUAUAGCGCGAUGGGAGAAAAUAAAAACGAUAAAAAAAGAUUAUAUCGAUGAUGAAAAAAAUCAUGGAGAAGGUAAUCAACACCUUUUUGGAAAAAAUAAGAUAAAAAUAAGAAUGAGGCAUUGACCUUCAGAAAACACACUUCAUGUCAGCGUUUUAUUUACCCUAUUUUUGGGGACUUACCAGCUAUCGAUUAUUUUUUUCCCCUUUUUUUUGUUUGUUUAUUAGCAUUUCAUUUCCCUUAAAUUUUUUUAUUAUUGUUAUCGCAUUUUCUAUGUAUCUCCGUGUACCGUAUCUCCGUUUCAGUUGACAAGCAUAGUUGGUGAUACAUACAUUCGGGUAGUACGCACUGAGAAGACGUUAGGGAUAGAGAUAAACAAAAAUAGGAUAAAGGAUGGGAGAAACAGGAAGUGUGAUAAAUAGAGAUAGAGAAAUUAUGAAACAGUAGGUAAUACAAGGGGAAGAGAGAGAAAGUUUUUUUUUUUUUUUUUUUUUUUUUUGAAAACAAGAUAGAGAAGAACACAACGAGCAAGAGAGGAAUUAAAACGAAACAAAGAGAGAGAGAAAAAAAAACGCCCCAAACCUCCAUGCAGCGGUCUUAAUCAGCUCAAACUGUAUAUGUCUGUUAGUCCCACGGCCAUAGCGAUGCCGUGUUUGUUAACCUUACCACUCUGCCUAACGAGCAAAAGUCAGACACGUUGCCUGUCUUUUUAUGAUGAAUGUUUGGUGUUUGUUUCUGUUCCUUGAAAUAAAUAAAUACUCCUUUAAAAAUAAUAUAUAUAUUACCAAAAAAAAAAACAAUAAAAAAAAGAAUUUCUUCUCUUACAUGUACAAAAAAAAUAAUAAUACUAAUAACGUAAAUCCGUAGGACGCCUUUUUAUUAUUGAGAGCAGCCAAUAGCGGGUGCUUUUCAAGACUUGCCUCAUCGUGCAAAAGAGUGAUAUAUCCCGUUUUCUAUAACUUUAAACACGCAAGGGGGUACUCGGCUGGAGUUUCCCUCUGGCCGGUACCUCGUUUUGGGAGCUUUAUCCUUGUAUUGGUUAUUAACAGUCGAAUAAAAAGUUGCCACCAAAAA